AUGCAGCUCCCUUGGCACUGUCUCGCCUCCCUUGCCUUCGCGGCUCUGGCCUGCGCAGCACCCGCUUCAGUAAACACAAAUGCCUGCACAGAAUCCGCCUUUAGAGGUUCUCUUCCUCAGGAGGCAUCCAUUGUGAGCGUCGAUGCUGUCCCUGCUGGUGGACAGUAUGGAGAGGGCUCCCGGAACCCGGCUUACCCCAAAAUACCGACGGAUCUGCCCGAGUUGUGUGCCGUGGUUGUCAAUGUCACCAGCUCGCCCAUUUCUUCGUAUCGGUUUGGUGUUCUCCUGCCGACAGCUGAUGCGUGGAACAAGGGACUCUUGAUGGUUGGUAACGGCGGUUUUGCAGGCGGGAUCAACUGGAUAGAUGCGUCCGUGGGUCCUCGUUACGGCUUUGUGGGGGUAUCUACAGACACGGGCCACAACUCGACAUCCGGCGACAUCACUUGGGCAACAAACGAGGAGACCAAGCAAGACUGGGGCCACCGAGCCAUCCACGGUGCUGCAACGCUCGCCAAGAAAAUGGCAGAGGCCUAUUAUGCUGAUCCAGUUGAUCACAGUUACUACUCGGGCUGUUCUACAGGUGGCAGGCAGGGGCUCAAGGAAGCACAGUUGCACCCUGAGACUUUCGAUGCUCUUCUGAUCGGAGCUCCGGCGUGGUGGACAAGUCACUUGCAGACUUGGACUCUCAGGGUCGGGGCCCUCAACCAGCCGGCGAAUGCAUCGCACCACAUUCCUGUUCAGAAGUUUUCAUUGAUUGCACAAGAAGUGCUACGGCAGUGUGAUGGAGCUGACGGCGUCGACGACGGCAUCAUCAGCCGGCCCGAGAAGUGCAAGUUGGACCUGAACACCCUACUCUGCACAUCAGGCGCCGCCAACUCUACCUGCCUGACCGGUGCGCAGAUCGAGACUGCGAACAAAGUCCACGCAGACUACAUCGCUGAAGGACGCUUCGCUUUCCCGGGGCUGUCCAUUUCGGCUGAGCCCAUAUGGGCUUUCCUCCUGGGCGGCUCGGAGCCUAGUUCCUAUGGUACCCAAUAUGUACAGUACAUGCUACUCAACGACCCGACAUGGAGGUGGCAAGACUACACCGACGACAUCGUCUGGCGUGCGGACCGUGAAAACCCUGGCAACGCUUCCGCUACCGGCUAUGACAUGUCUGCCUUCCGCGACAGGGGCGGCAAGAUCAUUAUGUACCAUGGAAUUGCCGACGGCCUGAUCCCUACUGGGAGCUCACACUACUUCUACCAACAGGUAGCUAAUGCCACCGGCGGUCUUUCCCCCUUGCGAGAUUGGUUCCGGUAUUAUGACGUUCCCGGCAUGGGACACUGCAGCGGCAGCAGCUACAAUGCUCCGGCCUACUUUGCGGGCGCGAACCAGGCAGAAAAUCUCGGAACCUCUGGCUAUUCGGUACCCGGUUUUUCGGACGCCAAGCACGACGUGUUGCUGGCGCUCACCCAGUGGGCCGAGAAGGGAGAGACCCCUGAAUCGAUCAUCGCUACCGCCUGGAAGAGCCAGAACAACCCUGCAUCCGGAGUCUUGAAGCAGAGGCCUCUGUGCCCAUUCCCUGAGGUUGCAGAAUACGAUGGAAAGGGAGACGUAAAUGCGGCGGAGAGCUGGACCUGCCAGUAA